AUGACCGACUACGCACAGUUCUCACAAUCCCACCACGGGCAUGCCCCGGCGCCCACUCAGCAACAAAUGCAGCAGCAAUUCGGUCAACAAUCCUCACCAAUUCUACCCUCUCAAGGUUACAACCAUGGCGGUGCGCCACAUCCCCAACAUCACCAGCAAAUGAGCUUUCCGCAGCAGCAGGCGUACAUGGCUGGUAUGCAGAACCCAUACAUGCCGUCUCAACAGCAACAACACCAACAGGCUGCAGCGUUAGCCACGGCUGCUGCAGCUGGUCCGGCUGGGUACUAUGAUCAGACUGCCAUUCCAGGUCAACUCGCACAGGACCCGCGCGCAUCUCCACGCAUGUCCGUGUCUCAGAUGAAGGGCGACGGACGCGUAGCUCCACGGUCGCCGACAAACGUCUCCAACGCGAUGAACAACGCGCUCCCAUCUCAAGUUCAGAUGACGCCAACUCAGAUGCAACAACGUCGAAUGAGUACCCAGAUCAGCAGUCCUGCAAUGCAACAGCCUCAGCCUGUAAUGAGCCACGGCGGACCUAGGCCCUCCGUUCCUCCAAUGACCCAGCAACCCCAGCACCAACAAUCACCAGAGCUCGUUGCAGGAGGAGCGCAACCCGAAGAGGCACCUCUUUACGUGAACGCUAAACAAUUCCAUCGCAUCCUGAAAAGGCGUCUCGCGAGGCAAAAACUCGAGGAUGCGCUGAGGCUGACGUCCAAGGGACGAAAGCCAUACCUGCAUGAGUCCAGGCACAAUCACGCUAUGCGCCGUCCCCGUGGUCCGGGUGGUCGCUUCUUGACUGCAGAGGAGGUCGCUGCAAUGGACAAUGCGGCUGCAAAAGGCGAGGGUGAAGACGGCAACAAGGAAAACGCAUCCAUGCCUUCCAAGCCUGCCAGUGCUGGGCCCAAGCGCAAGGCAUCCUCCACGCAGCUCAAGGGAACACCGAACAUCAAGAAGAACAAGGCGGGUGCUGUGCAGCGUCACAGCACAAGCGAAGAGGACGAAGAGGAUGACGAUGACGAUGUUGAAGACGAGGGCUAG